GGGUGGGCUCGGCUUAGGGAAGAGGCCCAGCGGAGGGGCCUCAGUGUCAGCGCAGGGAGAGUGAAGCGGCCAAGGCGGGGGCGGGCAAAGGCUAGUGAAGUCGGGAUGGGAGGGCGGUAUUCGUGACCCGGAGCAGUGCGAGGACCGAGGAGGGGGUCGGUGAGAGAGAAGAUAGGACUCAACAGUAGCCUUCCUUGAGGAUCUGCCUUUCCCAUUGCUGACUGAAGUUAAUGUUUCUUGCUGGCCAAAUCAGGGACAUGCAGGCAUUAGCGGGAUGAGUGGGUGUUCCGGCAGGGAUGUGGUCGUUGACGGCCAGUGAGGGCGAGAGUACCACAGCCCACUUCUUCCUUGGAGCUGGAGAUGAGGGGCUGGGCACCCGUGGAAUAGGCAUGAGGCCAGAAGAGAGUGACAGCGAGCUCCUUGAGGACGAGGAGGAUGAAGUGCCUCCUGAACCUCAGAUCAUUGUUGGCAUCUGUGCCAUGACCAAGAAAUCCAAGUCCAAGCCCAUGACUCAAAUCCUAGAGCGACUGUGCAGAUUUGACUACCUGACUGUUAUCAUUCUGGGAGAAGAUGUAAUCCUUAAUGAACCUGUGGAAAACUGGCCAUCCUGCCACUGCCUCAUCUCUUUCCACUCCAAAGGCUUUCCUCUGGACAAAGCUGUUGCUUACUCCAAGCUUCGAAACCCCUUUCUUAUCAAUGAUCUGGCCAUGCAGUAUUACAUCCAAGAUAGGAGGGAGGUGUACCGGAUCCUGCAGGAAGAGGGUAUUGAUCUGCCUCGAUAUGCUGUGCUCAACCGUGAUCCUGCCCGGCCUGAGGAAUGCAACCUAAUAGAAGGGGAAGACCAAGUAGAGGUCAAUGGAGCUGUCUUUCCCAAGCCCUUUGUGGAGAAGCCAGUGAGUGCAGAAGACCACAAUGUUUACAUCUACUACCCCAGCUCAGCUGGAGGAGGAAGCCAGCGUCUGUUUCGUAAGAUUGGCAGCCGAAGCAGUGUUUACUCUCCUGAGAGCAGCGUCCGAAAGACAGGGUCAUACAUCUAUGAGGAGUUUAUGCCAACAGAUGGCACAGAUGUCAAGGUGUAUACAGUGGGGCCAGAUUAUGCCCAUGCUGAAGCUAGAAAAUCUCCAGCUUUGGAUGGGAAAGUUGAACGAGACAGUGAGGGGAAAGAGAUUCGAUAUCCAGUCAUGCUGACUGCCAUGGAAAAGCUGGUGGCCAGGAAAGUCUGCGUAGCUUUCAAGCAAACAGUUUGUGGAUUUGACCUUCUUCGUGCCAAUGGUCAUUCCUUUGUGUGUGAUGUCAAUGGCUUUAGUUUUGUCAAGAACUCGAUGAAAUACUAUGAUGACUGUGCCAAGAUUCUGGGGAACACCAUAAUGCGGGAGCUUGCCCCACAGUUCCAAAUCCCGUGGUCCAUUCCCACAGAGGCUGAGGACAUUCCCAUUGUUCCUACCACAUCUGGCACUAUGAUGGAACUUCGUUGUGUCAUUGCAAUUAUUCGUCAUGGGGAUCGUACUCCCAAGCAGAAGAUGAAGAUGGAAGUGACACACACAAGAUUUUUUGCUCUAUUUGAAAAACAUGGUGGCUACAAGACAGGGAAAUUAAAACUCAAGCGACCUGAGCAGCUCCAGGAGGUACUGGAUAUCACAAGGCUGUUGUUGGCUGAACUGGAGAAAGAACCAGGUGGUGAGAUCGAGGAGAAGACUGGAAAACUAGAGCAGCUGAAGUCUGUAUUGGAGAUGUAUGGUCACUUCUCAGGUAUAAACCGGAAGGUGCAAUUGACUUACUACCCUCAUGGAGUAAAAGCUUCUAAUGAGGGACAAGAUCCACAAAGGGAGGCUCUGGCCCCAUCUCUGUUGCUGGUACUGAAGUGGGGUGGAGAACUGACUCCUGCUGGUCGUGUUCAGGCUGAGGAGCUGGGGCGAGCUUUUCGCUGCAUGUAUCCUGGAGGACAGGGUGACUAUGCUGGCUUCCCUGGUUGUGGGCUGCUUCGUCUCCAUAGCACUUUCCGCCAUGAUCUCAAGAUCUAUGCCUCUGAUGAGGGUCGUGUCCAGAUGACUGCUGCUGCCUUUGCCAAGGGCCUUCUGGCUCUAGAAGGGGAGCUGACACCCAUUUUGGUACAAAUGGUGAAGAGUGCCAACAUGAAUGGGCUCCUGGACAGCGAUGGGGAUUCCUUGAGCAGCUGCCAGUACCGGGUAAAGGCUCGGCUGCACCAUAUUUUACAGCAGGAUGCACCCUUUGGCCCUGAGGACUACGAUCAGCUGGCUCCCACCAGAAGUACUUCCCUGCUCAACUCCAUGACUAUCAUACAGAAUCCUGUGAAGGUCUGUGAUCAGGUAUUUGCCCUGAUUGAAAACCUCACACACCAGAUCCGAGAACGAAUGCAGGACCCCAGGUCUGUAGACCUGCAACUCUACCACAGUGAAACACUAGAACUAAUGCUACAGCGUUGGAGCAAGCUGGAGCGUGACUUUCGACAGAAGAGUGGGCGCUAUGAUAUCAGUAAGAUCCCUGACAUCUAUGACUGUGUCAAGUAUGAUGUGCAGCACAAUGGGAAUCUGGGACUUCAAGGCACAGCAGAGUUGCUCCAUCUCUCUAAGGCAUUGGCUGAUGUGGUCAUUCCCCAGGAGUACGGGAUCAGUCGGGAAGAGAAACUGGAAAUUGCUGUGGGCUUCUGUCUUCCCCUGUUGCGGAAGAUACUACUUGACCUGCAGAGAACCCAUGAGGAUGAGUCUGUCAACAAGCUGCAUCCCCUGUACUCCCGAGGUGUGCUCUCCCCAGGUCGCCAUGUUCGAACACGUCUCUAUUUCACCAGUGAGAGCCACGUCCACUCCCUACUCAGUGUCUUCCGUUAUGGGGGUCUUCUUGAUGAGACCCAGGAUGCACAAUGGCAGCGAGCUUUGGAUUAUCUUAGUGCCAUCUCAGAGCUUAACUACAUGACCCAGAUUGUCAUCAUGCUUUAUGAGGACAACACACAGGAUCCCUUAUCAGAGGAACGGUUCCAUGUGGAGUUACACUUCAGCCCUGGAGUGAAAGGUGUUGAGGAGGAAGGCAGUGCCCCAGCUGGCUGUGGAUUCCGUCCAGCGUCUUCUGAGAAUGAGGAGAUGAAAACCAACCAAGGCAGUAUGGAGAACCUGUGCCCAGGAAAGGCAUCAGAUGAGCCAGACCGGGCAUUGCAGACUUCACCCCAGCCUCCUGAGGGCCCUGGCCUCCCGAGGAGAUCACCCCUCAUUCGUAACCGAAAAGCUGGUUCCAUGGAGGUACUUUCUGAGACUUCAUCCUCAAGGCCUGGUGGCUACCGGCUCUUUUCAGCUUCACGGCCACCCACAGAAAUGAAGCAGAGUGGCCUAGGCUCACAGUGCACAGGGCUGUUCAGCACCACAGUGCUGGGUGGCUCCUCCAGCGCCCCGAAUCUUCAGGACUACGCCCGCAGCCAUGGCAAAAAGCUACCACCUGCCAGUCUGAAGCACCGAGAUGAGCUCUUGUUUGUCCCGGCCGUAAAACGAUUUUCUGUGUCGUUUGCAAAGCAUCCGACUAACGAGCUGCUGGAUGACCAGCACCCUGUGGUCCGGUUGCUGCGCAGUUUUUCCUCUGACUGUACAGGGGGCCGGCCAGUCUCCUUGGAUGCCACGCUGGCGCAUCACCUGCACCAGUGCUCCUACCACCUGCGCCUCUUCCGGAACUGGCUGCGCUCAGGCCAGGAUGACCCCGAGUGCCUCUACGGAUUUGAAGGGUGUUCCAUGGUGCCUACCAUCUACCCUCUGGAAACACUGCAUAAUGCCCUUUCCCUACGUCAAGUGAGUGAAUUCUUGAGUAGAGUCUGCCAGCGCCACACUGAUACCCAGGCACAGGCAUCUGCAGCCCUCUUUGAUUCCAUGCACAGCAGCCAGGCCUCAGAUAGCCCAUUUUCCCCACCACGUACUCUUCAUUCACCUCCCCUGCAACUCCAGCAGCGCUCUGAGAAACCCCCUUGGUACAGCAGUGGCCCUUCUAGCACUGUGUCCAGUGCUGGUCCUUCUUCCCCUACUACAGUAGAUGGUAACUCCCAAUUUGGCUUCAGUGAUCAACCCUCCCUAAAUUCACACGUGACUGAAGAACGCCAAGGCCUUGGGCUGCUCCAGGAGACCCCUGGGAAUGGAGCACAAGAGCUCUCCAUAGAAGGGGAACAAGAGCUUUUUGAACCAAAUCAGUCCUUACAGGUACCACCUGUGGAAACCAGCCAGCCAUACAACGAGGAGGUGGCUGAGGAGGUCAGUCAGCCAUGUCAGGAGGUCCCUGACAUCAGCCAGCAAUGCCAGGAGCACCAUGACAAUGGUAACCACACAUGCCAGGAGGUCCCUCAGAUCAGCCAGCCAUGCCAGACGGCCAGUCAACUGUACCAGAAAGUCUCUGAGGAAGUUUGCCAGCUAUGUCUGGAGAACCCCGAGGAGGUCAGCCAGUCAUGCCAGGGGGUCUCUGUGCAGGUUGACAAGCUGGUCCAUAGGUUCCAUGUAGGUGUUUGUGGCUUGGUUCAGGAAACCCUUAUAGAAGUUGGCAUGCCAGCUGAAGAGAUCCCUGAGGAGGUCAGCCAGCCGUAUCAGUUCUCUGUGGAGGUUGGCAGGCUGGCCCAGGAGCCUUCUGCAUUCAGUCUGUCUCAGGGCAUUCCUGAGAUUGAUAAACCAUCCCAAGAGUUCCCUAAGGAGAUUGAUCUGCAGGCCCAGGAGGUCCCUGAGGAGAUAAAUUAGAAGUCCUGGGUGGUCCCUGAGGUGGUUGAUCAGCUGCCUGGAGAGGUUAUUCCUCAAGCCCAGAAUCCGUCUGGUGAUCCAAACACUCAGAGGCAGCCUCUAGCCCAUGACCAGCACUCAUCCCUUCCACCAGCAACAUGUAAUUAAUUUUCUCAUUAGUGGUGUCACACUAUACCAGCUAUUUGAGCCAGCAACCUUUUCUCUUGGCUAACUCACUGGCCGGCUCUCACCAGCAGUGUCUGGGGAAGCAGUUCCUUUGGUAUGAAGCAUACCUGUGCUAGAGCUGUGCUUGAGGAGGAGCCAGUUUUAGGUUCAAAGAAGCCAUUGGCUCUUCACUUAGCCAUUAGACUUGAAUAGGAUUUCCUUGGGGUGGGUUGCUCUGUCGUUACCCAGCCUUCUCUGAGCAUCCUAGGAAGUCACAGAUUGUUAAAGGAAAUGCUGCUUCACUGCUGAAGACACCAUCUGGGGACAGCAAAUGCAAAAGAGGGGACUCUAGGGCCUUCACUUUUCUGGGAAAACAUUCAUGACUUCUCAAGGUACCCUUAGACCAUAUGUGCAUUCAGGAGACUCUUGUCUUUGCCAGCACUCCUCAGGUGAGCCAGGAUGGCCAUCUAAAAUGUCUGGAAAAUAGAGUCCCCUCUCCAAACAAACAUCUAUCAUGGCCACUAAUCUUUAGACUUGCCUUACAGAUCUUUCCAUAUCAUCCCCAAGUGCCCCUUCUGCCUCAGUCCUGUUUCUCUGGGCAAUAGCUCUAGGGAAAAGUAGGUAUUAGACUGCUGUGCAAAAUUCAGAGCAAUUACUUAAAAUGUCCUAGAGGGUUCUUAGCCAGUCUGUGAAACUGGGUCUCCCUUUGUGGUGGGGCUAUUUGGCUUAGGAGAUGCUGUAGUAGUAGAGAUAAUCAGGUUCUAUUUUAAGCAAUCAGCAGAGAUCAAUAUUGUACAGAUACAAGCAAAGGUUUAAUAUAUAUACACACACACACACACACACACACACAUAUAUGUAUGUGUGUAUAUAUAUAUUUAUUUCUGUAAUUGUACCAGGGACAGACUGGCCAAAGAGCAAACACUCCAGGUUCCCCAAGAAAUUUAUCCUUAUAUCAUUGUGUCUGAGGGCCAGAUAUGAUUAUGAAGCUUUUUCCAAAGAUCUGGGGAUGGGAAUGGGAGGGGGUAGGAGGGGUAAUGCAGUCAUUGGAGUCGGGGGCCGGAACAUUAUGAGUGCUUAAUAAAUAUAAAAUGAUGAGAAUGGUGAUGAUGGAUGAUGGUGAUGUCCUUAUGGAUUCAAGAAUGAAUAUGGACCGGGCACAGUGGCUCAUGACUGUAAUCACAGCACUUUGGGAGGCCAAGGCAAGCAGAUCAUUUGAGGUUGGGAGUUGGAGACCAACUUGACCAACAUGGUGAAACCUUAUCUCUACUAAAAACACAAAAACUAACUGGGCAUAGUGGCAUGCAGCAGGAGAAUCGCUUGAACCCUGGAGGUGGAGGUUGCAGUGAGCCGAAAUCAAGCCACUGCACUCCAGCCUGGGCAACUAAGCAAGACUGUCUUAAAAAAAAAAAAAAAAAAAAAAAAAAUCAGUAUGACUGAGUCAGUUGUGUCUGUAACUGAUUAAUCUGAAUCAGUCAAAAGACAUUAUAGUUGAGCAGGAAUGGGCUGUAAAAAUAGAGAUCAGGCAUCCAAAAAUAGACUAUAAAAAUAUAGAGAUUAGACAUCCCAAGAGGUGCCUAUAGCAGUCAACUCACUAUCUCAAGAGGUCUGUCUUUUUUUUUGAGGCCGAGUCUCGCCUUUGUCCCCCAGGCUGGAGUGCAAUGGUUCGAUCUCAGCUCAUCGCAACUCCACCUCCCGGGUUCAAGUAAUUCUCCUGUGUUAGCCUCCUGAGUAGCUGGGAUUACAGGCACCCACCACCACACCCAGCUAAUUGUUUUGUAUCUUUAGUAGAGAGGGGUUUCGCCAUGUUGGCCAGGCUGGUCUCCAACUCCUGACCUCAGGUGAUCCACCGCCUUGGCCUCCCGAAGUACUGGGAUUACAAGGGUGAGCCACUGCACCCACCCCCCCAAAAGGUCUUUAGUGAGGAAGGAGAGUGUUGGAAGGGGGACUGGAAAGAGGUUUCCUCUCUGUGAAGCACCAGAGGGUACGUGCCUUGUCACCAAGAUCUUGGAAUCAUCCUAUUAAUUUUUUACUCUGAUGGAGUGUCAGGAGUUUAUAUAAAGGUGCUAUGCCCUUUCUCUGGUCCCUUGACAUCUUUACUAUGUGAGAGCCCAGAACAGUGGGAGAGCUAGAACAUGCCCCUCCCCAAAUAUUCAUAACCUGGCCACUCCUGACAUACCUAGGACUAUAAAGGGUUUCUGAGGUGGGGGAGUCUACCAUUUUACUACAUGGAAAUCCUGACUGCACAAGGAGAGUUGUUUCCAGCCUCCUUAGGCUCUGGAUCUCUUAGGAUCCCUCAGCUUCUUACCUCUUUAGCCCAAGAGGUUGUCCAGGUUAUCUGAUCCUGGUUAUUUGGUCCUCAGCUCUUGCCCCCAUGGAAUGCAGAUGCCCUCCCCCAGGAGGUCCCUUGCCCCUCUUCCCUCCACCAAAUCCGACGUAUGUACCCACCCUAGGCUCC